ACAAGCCCUCUUAUAAUGAAAUUAAAUAGAAUAGUGCGCAUUCCGUGGUGAUUUGUUCUGUACAUCAUUGCCUUUAUCUCCUACGUCGGUACUUGAAAAGAACAAGGAAAUUUAUUAUAAGGAAAAUAUAUUCCAGAGUGUUAACUUUUAUCAACAGAGGCAAAAUUUAAAGACCGUGUUUAAAAGAAAAAUAUUAAAAAAACAAAACAUCUAUCAAAAAAGGAAUAAGAAAGGGAUUGGCAAAGGUAUUGGCAAAAUGACCAGUGUACUUGGAAAAUGGAAGAUUGAAAGUUCUGAAAACUUUGAAGAGUACAUGAAAGCAAUCGGUGUUCCCGAAGACAAACGUGCAAAUGCGCUAAAGUAUUUGUCCGCAGGGUCGGACAUGACCCAGGAAUUUAAAGCUGAUGGAGAUAAUUGGACAAUGACCACUGUGUCGGCUGCUGGUGAGAAAACACUGUCCUUUACGAUAGGAAAGGAAGAAGAUUCCGCCACACUUGAUGGACGUCCUAUUAAGGUUUUGUUCACAAUAGACGGUGAUUGUCUUGUAGAAAAGCAAACGGCAGACGGGUUUGAAUGUUCACAUGUCAGAAAAGGUGACGGUAAUACAUUGACAAUGACACUGAAUGGCGGAGGGCAGACAUGUGCAAGAAAAUUCUCGAAGGUGUAAAUGGAUCUUAUACAUGUAUUUACGUUCACAAGUGCUGGAAACGUUCCAACAUAUCAAAUUUGUUAGCCAUGCAGCUGGCUUUUGAGUGAAUAACUACUCGUUUAGACAUAAGGAUGUAUUAUUUGUUUAAGCGAUUGUACUUGAUUUGCACUCUUUUGUAUAUUUUGUCUUAUGACUCAACAUUUGAAAAAUAAAUAAGCUAUGUAAUCUACAUUAUAUU